AGGCUGAGCAACAAGUCGCAACCAGUCUGCAGAAUUUCCCGUUGCGCGGCGAUGAUCUGCGCUCGUGCCCUUGAAGAGCGAAGCACUCUCGGGUUUUUGCGGUCGUUUGAUGUUUAUAUGCGAUAAUCACAUGUGAAUGUACACGCGGAGCCUGAUGGAGAAACACAUCAGCUGUGUUUGUCAUGAUAUUUCGGUUUGAAGAUAAUAAUGACGGCGCUCAUUGAUCAGGGUGAGGACAUGGGCCUGGUGACGCCGAUCGAGCUGAUGGACCCUCAGAAGGACGACGACCCCCAGUGUCCCGCUCACUUCAGACAGAGCCUCAUGCUUCAGCUCAUUGACGAUCUGUCAUAUGAGGAUGUAAAGAAAUGCUACAGGGGUUCAACCGUCAGCAAAUACAACUCCCAGUACCACAAACUCUUCUCGACCGUCCCGAAGGAGGAGAUCCUCAUGAAGGUUUAUUCCUGUGCUCUUCUGCGGGACAUUCUGCUGCAAGGGCGGCUUUACAUUUCUCGAAACUGGCUGUGUUUCUACGCAAACCUUUUCGGGAAAGAUAUCAAGGUUGCCAUCCCGGUGGUGUCUGUGCGUCUGGUGAAGAAACACAAAACGGCCGGCCUGGUGCCAAACGGACUGGCCAUCACCACCGACACCAGCCAGAAGUAUGUGUUUGUGUCUCUGCUGUCGCGGGACAGUGUGUACGACGUGCUGAGGAGGAUCUGCACACACCUUCAGGUGAAUGGGAAGAAGAGUCUGAGUCUGAAGCAGUUCCUGGAGGAGCCUGGCUCUCUGUCGACGGAUGAGUUUCCAGUGUCCACUGAUUUCACACCGGUGUUGACGUGGCGCCGGAAACCCUCGGCUCCGUCGGUCUCUUCUUCACUGCCGGACCUGCUGGGAAACUCCACGAGCAGCCUGAGCGCAGGAGACGCACCGUACCCAGAGACGCCGCUGGAGGAGAGACGGCUGGAGGCCGAGAAGAUCCUGCUGACUGAACCCGUGUCUGAACUGGGUCACAUGGAGUAUCAUCUACUCAAGUUCUUCAUUCUGCUCAUCAUUUUGCUCAUCAUUUCAUCUUGUUAUCUGGCGUUUCGCGUCUGCAGUCUGGAGCAACAGCUGUCUUUCCUCAACACAAAACCGGCGAUGAGCAUGAGAGAGAGGUAACCCUGGUUUAACCCCGUGCCAACACUGAAAGCGGCUAUGCCCUCAGGAGAGCAGCGUCUGCAGACGACUAAACCAGCUCAGUUACAGGUACAGCACUAGUUAAGUAGUUAGCUAACCGACCGGCAGAGGACGAGGAGCGACCGGAAGAUUCCCGACAUGAGGAAUAUUAGCCAGGCUUCACCUAACAGCUCCGCAUCUAGGAAAUCUCCAGGACUCAGGACCGAUCAGGAUUACGCUGGUGACUGUUACGAGCAACGUUUUGCUGUUGUCGAACCCAAACGUCAAGAGACUCGAGACGGCCUCAUAGUUUCACUUUUUUAACUCUUUCUAUGUUCGUCUGUUGUUUUUUUCUCUUAAAUGACCUGAAAUGUGCAUGUUUACCAGUGUUUAGUACACUGCGAAAAAAUCAUUUUAAUGAGUAUUUUUGUCUUGUUAACUUGUAAACUAUUAGAUAUUUUUAAAUAUUUUAAAAUCUAUACUUUUUAGAUAUUUUAAUAAAUCACAAAAUAAGUAUAAUUGUUUAAAAUAUUUAAAUUAUAUUUAUACUUAUUUGGUGAUUUGUUGAAAUAUAUAAAAAUAUAUGUAUUUUAAUUAUAAUAUUUAAUUUCUAUAUAAGUACAGUAUAAAGAACAUAUUAUAUAUAAUAAUUAAUUAUUUUAUAUAAUAUUUAUAAUAUUUAAUUUCCAAAUAUGUAAAGAUUAUAUGUGGUAAUUAAUUAUUUUACUGAAUUACCAAAUAAUUACAGUAAUAACAAAAUAAUACCAUUUUAAAUAAAUGCUGUUCUUUUUAACUUUUUAUUCAUCAAAGAAUCCUGAAAAAUUCAACUUUGAUCACAGUAAUAUAUUAUAUUUUUAAGUAUAUUAAAAUAGAAAAUGGCUAUUUUAAAUAGCAAUAAUAUUUCACAAUAUUACUGUUUUUUUUUUUUAUCAAAAAAAAUGCAGCCUUGAUGAGCAGAAGAGACUUCAUUAAUAAGCAUUAAAAAUCUCACUGAUCCCAAACAGGAAUACAUUUGAGAAAAGGAGAAAUUCUCUGAAAACAAGUCUGAAUAUUGUAUUCAAUUUUGCUUUGCAAGUAAAAUGAUCUUGUUUUUUACUGGGAAACAAGACAAAAUACUGAUUAAGAAAUUAUUUUUGCAGUGUAAAACAGAUGAGAUGUUCUGGGUUUGUAAAAAAACUAAAAUAAUAAAGGCAGCGACUGUUUGAUAUUCACACACAUUUCACUCACAGCAUUUCAAGAUCAUAAUCAGUCAUAAUUGAUCACGAAUAACUGCAGUGAAGGGAAUGAAGGUCAAAGUAAAGUCAAUCUGAGAGUGUUUGGUUGUCGUCGUUUGAGCGCUGAAGGACAGUUUGGACAUGAAGAAAGCCUGUCGUAACGUACUAAUCGUCAAAUCUCCAUUAUUUGUGAUGUAUUAAAGUGCAUUAUAGGAGGCGUCUGUAGGUUGUAACGUACUUGAAAUCUACACUUGCAUUUCUGACAUGCAGAGCAUGAUGUAGGAAAUCGAUAUUUAAUACUGUGAUUGUUUAGGUUUGCUGUAAAUGAGAGAUUUGGUUUGUAGUUGUGAUGUUUUGUACAGAUUGAAUGUCAAAAGUUAUUGUCAUGCUCAUGAUUUAGGCCACGCUGUAGAAAUUGUAGAUGUUUUGUAACUUUCUGACAUGAAAGAUGAGAAGUAGAAAGUCAAACUAAUAAAAACUUUCACCAGA